UGUUGGUAUUUGGAUUUGAAAGUUUGUUAUUGGGACCGCAGGGGCGUCAACGGCUGAAAACCGAGCCAAAACUUGGGAGCUAUUGUUGAGAAAAGAGAGGCAGAAAAAAGAGAGGUUUAGGUCCACGUUAUUUGUUGUGGAUGCUUAAUUUAGGAGAGGGUUGAACGUGUGCCAGUGAAUUCCAUAUUAUAAGCCUCAAAAUGGUGUCCUCUCUUUUCGGUGUCACUCCCCUCAUAUCUUCCUUUCCCUUCUCCCCCUCUCUCUGGAUUGGUUUCGCAUAAUUCCAUCCCAACCAAAACACUCAAAACAAGAACAAUGUCUUAUUCCCUCUCUUUUAACGCCCUCCUCCAUCUUGUUCUUCAUUCCAUGGGGUUUUGAUCCUAAAACACAUAUACACAUAUACACCCAUCACAUUCUCCCGCCCUCUAUUCUUUAUGGCUUCUUCGCAGGUCGAAAUUUCUUCCUCCUCCUCACCCUUCGGCUGCGUUCUCAGAGACCAUAACCGCCGCCGGGAGCCCAAUGUCGCCGCCACCCAUGUUGCUCGUUUUCGCGACAACCUCAAGACUUUGGUCAUGGAUCGCCUCAACGAUUGCAUCACAAUUACCCCAAAUAAAAAUAAAAAUAAAAAUCAAAAUCAAAAUCAAAAUCCCAACCCCGUCCUUCCUAAUUUUCGGGUCUCCAAAACUAAUCACAACACCACCACCAAUGCCGCUCCCAGGCGCGCCAAUGACUCUCAACGACAAACUUCCAUCAAUGACCCACAAACACAAACACAAACACAAACCACUUCUACUCCUACUCCUGAAACAGGUACGAACAAGAACCAAACCUCGAAGCUUGGAGCAUCUUCUCUGGUCCAGAUAUGGGAGAAGAGGCUAAAUGUUUCCUCCUCCAACGUCGGUUUGAAUGCGAAUGCGAACGCGUCAAACACGGCCGUUUGUUCGGCCAAGCAAGAGACAGAGACGGAGCAGGAGCAGGCAUGCUCGGUGGAAGUAGGGGAUUUUGAGGACGAGAGGUACGAUGCAGGGCCCGGGAGCGAGGACGGGUUUGCAGAUUGGCAUUCGAGCAGAACAAGUUCCAGUUCUCCGCCGUCUUCCACGCAAAGUCAGAGUUCGGAUGCUGGAGAGAGGGAAAGGGUUCGCGUGGUGGAUAUCAUUCGGAGAUUGACAUUGACGGCUGCUAAGCCUCCGCAUUCAUCUUGGGUGGAAGAUCACAACGACCACCCCAAUGAAUCCUCUUCCUCCUCGCAUCCCACUCUCAUUCUGAGAGACCAAGUAGAGCCGGCCAGAUGCCUUUCUCAUAUUUUAUGCUCUCCCCGCAUCAGGGGACGUCAGGCCUUCGCCGAUUUACUCUUGCAAAUCGAGCGUGACAGGCAAAGAGAGCUCGACAUAUUGGUAGAGCGUCGAGCCGUUUCAAAAUUCUCCCAACGUGGCCGUAUCCAGUCCCUACUUCGGCUUAAAAUUUUGAAACGUGGAAUGGCAUUGGAAGAUGAGCAGAAACGCCCACAAUUUGUUAUAACGCCUCGAGAAAAUCAUAGAUCUUCUACUAUCAUGCAUCUCAGGGAGAAAUUUAGUGGAGUCGGUGAGAAUGGUGCCAGAAGCCCUAUUGGAGAGAUGCUAAACAAUAAUGAUGAAGAUAAAAACCAGUCACAUACGAAUGCUCAUACUCCUCCUCAUGCCACCAACACUAAUGAGAAGGAGAAAGAUAACGAUAACGAGCAAGUAGUUGGCAUACAUAGCAACAGCAUAAACAAUGAUCAAAUUCUUGAAGGUUUCAAAGAAGAGCAAAUUGAAGAACGUGAACGUGAACAAGAACAAGAACAAAAACAAGAAAUAGAACAAGAACAAGAACCAAAACAAGAACAAGAACAAGGAGAAGAAGUUGAUCCUCCAAGUUCAGAAGGCACUUGGCAAGAUAGGCCUAAUUUGAAUUUGGAUUCACAAGACUCAAUCAAUGGAUGGGAAGCGGAAGAUCAGAGUGAGGCAGCAGAAGAAAGUUAUGGUGCAGACUACGUGGGAACCAGUUACGACUGGUUUUCUGAUAUUUCUCGGCCUCGAAGUUAUUGGGAAGACCGCAGGCAAUCUUGGUAUCAGCAAAUGCUCGACUCUAGCUCUGCCAACGAUGAAAUACGUCAACUUAUUCAAAGGAAAACUGUAUCGACUUUUCUAUCAAGUGACUUCCGUGAAAGAAUGGACAAGUUGAUGGUGACUCGAUUAGAGCGACAAACACAAGAAGAAGAAGAAUAUGAUGAGGUGAACGAAGAAGAUGAUGAUGAUAGAGCGGAAGAACUGUGGUGUUUCUCUGAAGGACGGACUCAAUCAAAGAGUAGUGAUAACGGAGAAGAAGAAGAAGACGAAAGAAGCUUGAUUAGCGCUCAAUAUCACGAAGCAAGCGAUUAUUUGGAUCAAUCUACAUCACCAUUGCAAUUGGCAUCCCCGUCAAUAUUGAGCUCAUGGAGCUACCAGCUGGAUAACGAGAUGGGUGAAGAUUCCAACAGAGGCGCAUCUACUUCCUCACCCCAACCUUUUCAACCUCAAUUUUCCUCCAACAACCAACAAGGCUCUUCCCUCGUCUCAACAACUCAUCAUCCUUCUAUCGAAAUGGAACUGAUAUACGACUUAAGAGGGCACAUGGAGCAACUGUACCAGGAGAUGUCGGAACUGAGAAAAUCAAUAAAAUGUUGCAUGGACAUGCAACUCAUGUUGCAGCACUCAAUCAAGCGCCAUGAAGUUGGAGGGGGGAGGAGAUCCAAGAAAGAGAAAUCAAGAAAGCCCAAAUGUUGUAUUUGCUACAACAUGGAGAUUGACUCACUAUUGUAUAGAUGUGGACACAUGUGUAGCUGUAUGAAAUGCGCAAAGGAAUUGCAAUGGAGAGGGGGAAAGUGUCCAGUUUGCAGAGCUCCAAUAGAGGACGUGGUGCAGGCUUCUUUUACUACAACAACACAUUCAUAGGAAGGAAUAAUAGCAUGGGAUAUCGAUGUACGAGUUCUUGCUUCAGAGGACCGUCUUCUUCAUUAUAAUACUUCCAUCUUCCAUCUUCCAUCUUCCUUCCACCUUCCAACGACCAUCCAUAUCCAUAUCCAUCCAUUUUCAUUCCUCUCUCCAUUUCCUUCUUAACUUACCCUCUCAUCAUCUCUUUUUUCGGUCUUCUUUUCACCUCUUUUUCUUUUUCAUUUUCUUAACCUUACCUGCUUCAUCUUUAUAUCCAAAUUGCACAUAUCUUAAUUACGACCUACACAUUUCACUGUAAAUCAUCUUCCACUUCUAUGUUUUCUCCUUUUCUACAUAUAUAUGCAUGCAUCUUGUAUGUAUAUGUUUUUUUCUAAGGAGAUAAAUCUUGUAAUACAACUCCAUUUCAGUGAAUUUCUU